GGCUCAAGAAGUUAUAAUUGCUGGUCUGCAAUACAGCAAAGGCGAAAUUUUCAUCCCCAAUCAUUUCAACAGCGACAGUUUCUUUUUCUUUGUCGAUCAAGCGCGCGCCCCGUUUGUAUCGAGUCAAUCUAACAACUUCGAAUAAUUCCGUAAGACCCGUUGCCGGCUCCAGCUUGAUUCAGGUCCGGGACAUCCGCGGAUGCUGUGUUCCUUGACCUUCUGACGAAAAAGAUGAAUUGUCGAUGCUAUCAUGCAUGCCGAUUGGUGGUGAUGAUAAGGAGCACGUCAGAUGCUGUGGAAACUGUACAUAGUACCUUGAACAACUAGAAAGCAGGUUACAGUUUUCUGCUGGAAUCGUCUUUCUCUCUUUUGCGCUUGUUGGUUUUGGUUUUCGUCUUUCGUGUCGGAUGGAAAAGAUCAUAGUGCCGCCGUAAGAAGUUAAGAAGAUAAGACUUCAACACUUUUCUUUUCUCUGUUGAUAGGCAAAGUGGCUGCAUGUGUAGUGGGAGAACAUCAAGUAGAGGCGCGCGUUUUGUAGACUCCUAGGUUCGCAAAGCGCGGGGGCAUUAUGGCGGUGUCCUCGUACGAUGUCGAACCACGAAAGGUGGGCGGAAACCUAAACAAGUACAAGCUCGUCUUCCUCGGAGAGCAGGCGGUCGGGAAAACGUCAAUAAUCACGAGGUUCAUGUACGACACCUUCGAUUACAACUACCAAGGUACAGCUGCUUUAUUUCUGCGCAUGUUUUUGCGCUCUAUUUUGGUUUUUGAGGAUCCACUAUGUAGGUGCUGGACAUCAUUGUAUCAACUUCAAGAAACGGCACUUUUCCUUUGAUGAACUUUCAAACACGAAAAUUAUAAAUAUAAAACCACAGCCACCAUCGGGAUAGAUUUCCUGUCAAAAACGAUGUAUUUGGAGGAUAGAUCGGUCCGACUACAGCUCUGGGACACCGCCGGUCAGGAACGAUUUAGGAGUCUGAUACCAAGUUACAUUAGGGACAGCAGCGCAGCGGUAGUGGUGUACGACGUAACAAACCGGGCGAGUUUUCUGAACACCGUGAAAUGGGUCGAGGACGUCAGGACAGAAAGGGGAAAGGAUGUCGUCAUAAUCUUGGUAAUUCUUUAGUCAUGUUUACCUUCUUGAAGGGGAGUCACUUGUUGCAUUGUUGACUUUGCCGAGGUGCUAUUUCUUGAUGGCAUUUCUUUCUCUUCCGUUGUUCCUAUCGGGACAACGAAGUACCCAUUUGCAAAAACAGGUUGGAAACAAGAACGAUAUAGCAGAUAGGAGGCAAGUCAGCACGGAGGAAGGACAGCAGAAAGCGGCCGAGUUUAACGUCAUGUUUAUCGAAACAUCGGCAAAAGCAGGGUAUGUGCAUUUGUGGCCCUGUCGCAUAAACGCGUCGUGAUUUCUUCGAAAUUUGCCGUUCCUAAAAAAAAAUCUACGCUAGCGUAUUUUCAUUCUCAAAAACAGGCACAAUGUGAAGCAGUUAUUCCGACAGCUCGCAUCAGCGCUCCCUGGUCAAGACACUGUCGCAGAAACCGCUCCGAGUGCAGUAGAAAACGUAGUGCUGCACAACACGCCAAAUGAAGCAGGUAAUAAGAACAGAGUUUUGAAGCUGAAGUCAUACGUCUUUGAUGUUUCUGUCAAAUUUUUUGUAGCUUUUUUGUUAUGGUGUGUGUUGUUUUUCUUCCUUCACAGAAGCUUGCGCUAAAUUGUUUUCCUUCUCGCAUUCAAAAAUCAAAAUGAAAAUUUACCACAGCGAAAGACUCAGAAAGCCGGUGUAAUUGCUGA